AUGGAAGUUCUUUCGCGAAAGUUGCACCGGAGAAGGAGGUCUAGCCGAGAAGAUACUAUUCAAUCGAUUCCUGGAUCACAUGGACAUAAAUUUAUCAGUUCCUUUAAAUUACAACAGCAAGGAAAUUUAUAUUUCAAGACGUUACAACAAAAAUAUCAACAAAAUGUUUUUCGAAUCAAUAUUGGCGUUCGAGCUAUUGCUUUAGUCGAUAAUCGUGUUAUACGUAUAUUAUUUCAAAAUGAUAAGGUAACGAAAGAGGACGGCGUGGGAAACUAUAUCACCAAUUAUAAUCUUAUGGAUAGUUUGCGUCCUUCCAUAUUUUCAGACCAAAAAGAUCGUAUGAGUAGAAAUUCAUUUAUUUUGCAAACUUUGGCUGCCAUGCAAGAUAAAUAUAUCAUUCAGCAAACCUAUAAUAGCAUUGAAGAUCAUUUCCAACGAUGGAACAAAACUUAUCAGCCAACUGCUUCAAAAUCGAUACAACCAUCAUGGGAUGAUGGAAUCCAACAUUUAUGUUGUGAUAUAAUUUGUCGAUUAUUUAUCGAUAAGACCGUUAAUUUUGAGUCAAUCUUUCAAUGGUAUGUGCAAGCGUUGCAGAAGAUAAAAGUGCCUGGAUUGUUAAAGCAAAGACAAUGUGCCGAUAUUUAUAAUACCUAUAUCGAGCUUUUCAAGGAAAUUGAGAAUUCUACUUAUUUGCCGUAUUAUUUAAAUACUGGUCGUCAAUGUUCCUUGUCCGAUGAAUAUGCCAAAGAAAAUGUUCUGUUUGGUAUCAUCUUUAACGCAUUUGGUAGCUGUGAAGCAAUUAUGAGAACUUGCGCAGCACGAAUUGGUAUAUUAAGCCAUGAAGAUCGAAAUCAAUUACGUCAAGAAAUACAAAGUACAUUAGGUGAAGGCAAUGAUCUUUCUCUAGCAGCACUAACCAAAAUGAAACGAUUGAGAUCGUUUGUUGCCGAGGUUCUUCGUACUUCUUCUCCUAUUUCAUUAAUAUUCCGUCGAGCAAAACAAGAUAUGUUUAUUCAAGCUUAUACAGGGACUUAUAAGAUUUCAAAAGGACAUUUACUCGUUGGCAAUAUCCAUUUAGCUCAUAGGGACCCAAAUGUAUUUCCAGAACCAGAUACAUUUAAGCCUUUCCGAUUCUAUGACGAUCCAGAAUUGAUACGGCAUAUGAUUUGGGAAGCUGGAGUAUAUCCAGAUGAAGCCAAAAACUUAAGUCAUCAGUGUCCAGGAAAGAAAAUGAUGAUGAUUCUUCUUCAGCUCUUUUGCAUGAAAUUAUUGAUACAUACAGAGUUUCAGUUUGAUGUAACGCCGGACUGGAAUGAAAAACACUUACAUAGCCUUGGCUGCCCUGAUGGUUGUUUAACUCUAAAUCAAUUUUCAUAUGAUCCAGCUAUGUUCAAGAUCAAGCUAUCGGAUGAUAUUUGCAAUUCGCAUUCACCGUUUCUUCACUGCGAAGAUUAAAUAUGGAUUAUAUAGACCAUCAUCAGAAUACUAGAUAAUUGACGUGUUGAUUACAUCUUGUGUCUCUAUGUACUAGCCCAAAUUUUACUUAUCUGACGAUGUUCAUAAUUAGAAUUCACCGUUUUCAAUUACAGCGAUUAAAUAUAGACAGUAAAUAUUGGCUAUUGUAACGAGUAGCGCAUAAAGCUUGAUAAUUCCAUUAUAGCAUAGCUUUUCAUGGUUGUAUUUAUGAUAUUAUUUAUUAGAUAGUAUAAGAACCAAAUUUGUUCAUUACAAGAAUGAAUGGAUUUCUGUCAUGACAUUGGUAUAUUUUAGCGUAAUUCUUUUAUGACAAUAUCAUUUAAAGUUAAUUUCUAAAGUAUUUAGAAUAUGGAAAUGCUUGCUAAAACGACGAGCCAUGAAUUGCGUUU